AUGCAUCAUGCAUUGCUAGUUAACGAAAUCGUGCUGAACAUACUUGCUGCGGUGCGAGAAGCAGACGCCUCAUGUAGCCAGCUCAACGCUCUCGCUCGGACAUGUCAUUUCCUAUCACCUCUGGCGUUGGACUUCUUAUGGUCAGACUUGCCGGACGUGAGGCCCUUGCUCCAAUAUAUGAAACCAAUCAUAUCCAAUGACUCGCGUACAUCAAUACCAUGCGCGUCCUUCCAAGGAGCUGCGUCUCGUGUCCGUAAAUUAUCGUGUCCCCCUCUGGCAUUUUCAGAUACCCAUUCCCAAGUCGCCUUUACAGAACGAUUGCGAUUAUUAAGCAUGAUGCGCAUCGCGACCUCGUUGAUUCCCAACCUCCGUCGACUAUCGUGGACUGACACUGAUCAAUCACGUUAUGUAUAUAUCCGACUAUUCCUAAGUCCUACUCUAGAAUCCCUCGAGCUGGAUUUCUCUUUCCACAAACCUCCCGACUUUCCCUUCCUAACCUUACUGCCCGAACUCUGCCCCAACCUUCACAGCGUGUCAAUAAGCAAGCAUUCUGUCAUAUCUUCAUCGGAAGACGAGGGUCCCUCUGCCGUUCAGACCAUUUGUCAGCUGCCUCGUCUCACUGCCUUAGAAUGCAAGGCAUCGACCAUCAGCGAAGCAGAUCUUCUGCGCCUAUCUCAACUCAAGUCACUCACGACUUUAAGCUUGGGCAUCCCUUCGUGGGUAUCAAGCGACCACGGAAGCUUAGCGCCUCAUAGUUCCAGGACAGCGAGGGAUUGUGCUGCUAGCUCGUGGUUCUGCAGUCUGCGCAAUCUACAUCUUCGUGCAUAUAGUAUGCCAAUUAUCACAUCCUUUGUAGAACCUGGAUGCAGGCCUCUGCACUCAGUUGUCUUCGACAUCUCUGAAGCACCGACUUCUGCUUCCUUAACAGAGUGUUUUAGCACACUUUAUUCCAGUCAAUGCGACAAAGAAUGCAGCACGAUGCGUUCUAUUGAAGUACGCGACAGCCUUUCAAAUGCUAUACUCGCAGUCUCCCAGCUUCUUCCCAACUCAAAGAUCAUCACGGUGGAUGUAUUCAAGCCACUUUUCGCUUUCACCAAACUACGAGUUUUUGAUCUGGGCGUGUGCCUGUCAUUUUCUCUGAGUGACUCGGAUCUUACAGUGAUGGCAAGCUCCUGGCCAGAACUUGAGGUCUUUUGUCUCAAUGAUAGGCGUGGCUGGCAUCCGUCCGCUUCUGAACCUAAAUUAUCGAUCACUGUCCGCGGUCUCCAAUCAGUUGUGCGCUCUGUGCCCGAGGCUCUAUCAGAUUGCGAUAGUCUUAAAUGCCCUCUCACCCUGUCCCAUAACGUCCCAGUCCUCACGGCAGGGAGCUCUGACACGUAA